CUGAGGUCGGCAUCAGAGUCAGGAGCAGCUUUGAGCUGAGACAGGGGCGCAUUGGUAGGGUCCUGGCUCUCCUUGUAUCUCUGCUGACCACCCUCCCUCUCAGCAUGGAGCAUAAGCCUAGGAUGCCGAAAAUGGAGCUGGAUGCAACAGAGGGGGCCCAGGGUUUGAUUAAGCGCAGCCCGGAGCAGCAGCAGGCUGCCUCACAGAUCCUCUAUGCAGCCCUGGUUAAAGGGGAGAGCCCGGCAGCAGGAUAUGAAGCCUUUCCAAACUGCCAGGCUUUUGAUGUCUCUGGAACCACUGUUGAAACGGAGUCUCAGACUCCAGCAGAACCCAGAGAGCUAGUGAAAUGGCAAAAACGCAAGAGCCAGCAUCCUGGCAGGGACCACCGGAGAUAUUACCAGGAACACUGGAAGAUGGAGUACCUGAUGGACUAUGACUGCCUACGACAUAGCCUGGUCUGCAUGGUGUGUGGCAGUGCCCUGGCCACUCUCAAACUCAGUACCAUCAAGCGGCACAUCCUCCAAAAACAUCAGGACACUAUGCUCCUGACUCGUGCUGAGAAGGAAGUCAUCAUUGCAACCUGGGUUGAGCACCUCUUGAGUCACAGUCACCAACAGAAGUCUGAUACGCUGGAAGUUGAGCCUAGAACAAUGCAGAUCGGUCCUGCUCCAGGGAUACCCCCCGCGGCGGAUCCAGGGCCGGCCGAGGCCACUCCGGGUGGGGGAUCGCCGCCAAGGCCAGAGCCAGGGAAAGCAGCGCUCAGCCGGCGGCCCGUGAGGCGUUACUAUCAGGAGCGCUGGCGGACUGAGUACCUGAUGGAUUACGAUGGCGUGCGACACGGUCUAGUGUGCAUGGUGUGCGGCAGCGGCCUGGCCACCCUCAAGCUGAGCACCAUCAAGCGGCACAUUCUCCAAAGACACCAAACCUCACUCGGCCUCACCGCGCGACAGCGGCGCGUCGUCAUGGCUACCUGGAUGGAACGGCUCCUGCACCAAUCACAGCCCGCUGUGUCAGGGGCGGGACACCAUGGGCACCACCCCCUCCCCCGCUGUGAUCAAUCAGCGAUCGUGGAACCUGUUCCCGCCGUUUCUCACCAUUCGGGCCUCGAGUUGCUGGGGGAAAGGUUGACGGUCGUUGCCCACGGCGGCCAAUCACCGUGGGGGCAAGGAGCGGCUACUGUGCUUCUCGACCAAUCAGCUCCAGAGAGAUUGGCCUCCAUGACGGACGGUGGCUUUGACCAAUCAGAUGUCGAUCUAGCCAGGCAGGUGCAAGAAAAUGUGAGACGGCACACCCAAUCGGGACGUGAGCUGGCAGAGGAAUGGCACAAGCAUCACCAAUCAGAGAGCAGCGCCCGUCUUUCAGGGGCGGAGCCUCAGACACUUACAGGGACCGCAGCCCGUUUGGAUCCUCUUCAUGUCGGCUGUGCGGUCGAGGUGACGGGUUUUCCUGUGUCACUGGAUCAGCCACGACUGCCUGCUGAUAAUGACUGGGUGGUGGAACAGCAGAUGCCACAGCACAGCACCCUGAAGACCUUGACUGGUAAAGGUACCCGUCGUUACUACCAGGAGCGCUGGCGGUUCGAACACCUGAUGGACUAUGACUGGUGGCGGCAUGGCCUGGUCUGCAUGGUAUGUGGCAAAUCCCUGGCUACUCUCACCCUCAGCACCAUCAAACGGCACAUCCUCCAGAACCACCCGCAUUCGCUGCACUUCACCCAGGCCGAAAGGGAGAACAUUCUGGAAGCCUGGAACGAGAGGGCCUUGCAGCGCGACUGCACAGCAGUGCAACUGGUGAUGCCAGGAAUGGGUCCUAACUGGUCAGCCAGCAAGAGGCCACACUGUCACUACCAGGAACACUGGCGAUUCGAGUACCUGAUGGACUAUAACCACUUGUGGCACACACUCGUUUGCAUGGUGUGUGGCAAAUCACUGGCUACUGUCACCCUAAGUACCAUCAAACAGCACAUCCUCCAGAACCACCCGCACUCACUCAGCUUCAAUCAGGGCGAAAAGGAGAACGUUCUGGAAGCCUGGAACAAAACCAUAUCGCAGCCGGAGAGUGCAAUGAUCGAGUCACAGGAAGAAGAAUCGUCUUCUUUUAGGAUACAGGCGGCAAUCACAGAGGAAAAUCCAGUCGUGGAGUUUGCAAAGGACGUAGCCCCAGGUUGGGAUGGAGAGAGGGAUGGGGAUAGGAGCCCUGUGGAGAUUGAAGUGUGUGUGGAGGAGCCAGAACUGGGCUUGCCGACACAGACACUCAAGGGUCGGGGCCGAGGCCGAGGCCGGGGCCGGGGGAGGGACCAUUGGAGGAACUAUCAGGAGCGCUGGCGUCUCGAGUACCUGAUGGACUAUGACCAGUGGCGACAUGGUUUGGUCUGCAUGGUGUGUGGCAGUUCCUUGGCCACCCUCAAGCUGAGUACCAUCAAGAGGCACAUCCUGCAGAAACACCAGGACACCAUGGAUUACACACUGGCUGAGAAGGUGAUGGUUGUGGACGAGUGGAACAAGAAAAUCACCACAGUUGCCAAGAUGGACUUCUGGCAGCUGUCGACCAGCAGGAACGGGAGUCUUCCUAGAGAGCCAGGAGGAAUGAUCAGUGCACAGCAUUAAUGUUUGACCCACCACACACACGUAUCCUGUGGGGUCUGGGCCAAUAUGGCACUGGGGGAGGAGGCAGUUAACAUUGGCUAUGCUGCCUGAGAUUCUGCUGAAAGCAGCACUCCUCCCAAAGGCUGCUCCCAAUUAGAUGCUCACAGCCGUGAUUGGCAGAAGUGGAACAGGAGGGGUGGUGGCAGGGAUUCCUUCCAGGGCUACCCCAUUUUGGGCUGACUCUGAUGCCAGGGGUGGCUCAAGGUAGUCUGUAUGCUCCAGGAAGAAGGUAAUUGGCCAUCCCUGCCUGGCUGCUUGGGGUAAACUGAGGCAGGGCAUUGUGGGGGAAGCUGGGUCUUUCUGGACUCUGAUGCUCCCUUCCCUCAACUGAAGGCUGAGAAGCAGAAGGUAUGAGAAACCAGUUUCUCAGGCAGUGACAGGGGCUUGGGCAGUGCGGUUAAAGGAGUAAAUACAGAUGUCACCUCAUGGUGUUGCCCUUAGAAUGAAGAGUAAAGCAAGUCCGUG